ACCUUGGGCGCGUGCGCGGGCCGCAAAGUGCCGCUGACCCGCCAGCGACCGGCAUGACGGGCUGGGCGCUCGCUGCCGCCCCCGCCUCGCUGCCGCGCCAUGGAAUGCCUGCGGGGCCUGCCCCGGCUCCUGCCGCGCGCGCUGCGGCUGCCCCCGCGCGUCCUGUGCGCUCCGGCCUGGGGCCUGACCCCCGCGCGCGCCGCCGGACCCCUUGGAGGGAGCUGGGCCGCGCUGUCCGGCGCACCGCGCGGGCCCCGCCUGGCAGGUGAAACGCACCUGCUGAGAACGUCCGAUGCCGCUCAGGCCACGCUCGCCAGCGUCGCCCCCGUGUUUACUGUGACAAAAUUUGACAAAGGAGGAAAUGUGACGUCUUUUGAAAGGAAGAAAACGGACUUGUACCAAGAGUUAGGUCUUCAGGCCAGAGAUCUGCGCUUCCAGCACCUCGUGAGCAUCGCCACCAGAAACAACAGGAUCAUCCUGAGGAUGGAGUACCUGAAAGCGGUGAUCACCCCCGAGUGUCUCCUGAUCCUGGAUUAUCGUCACUUAAACCUGGAGCAGUGGCUGUUCCGGGAGCUCCCCGCGCAGCUGGCCGGAGAGGGCCAGCUGGUCACGUACCCUCUGCCCUUUGAGUUCAGAGCCAUGGAAGCACUCCUGCAGUACCGGAUCAGCAAGCUGCAGGGGAAGCUGCGCCUGCUGGAGCCCCGGAUCCUCGACACGCUGGAGGCGUUAGUGGACCCCAAACACUCCUCUGUGGACAGAAGCAAACUGCACAUCCUGCUGCAAAACGGCAAAAGCCUGUCCGAGCUGGAGACGGACGUCCGGAUGUUCAAGGAGGCGAUCCUGGAGAUCCUGGACGACGAGGAGCGGCUGGAGGAGCUCUGCCUCAGCAAGUGGAGCGACCCCGAGGUCUUUGAGCAGAGCAGCGCGGGCAUCGACCACGCGGAGGAGAUGGAGCUGCUGCUGGAGAACUGCCACCGGCUGGCCGAGGACCUGGCGCACGCGGCCCGCGAGCUGCGGGCGCUGAUCGACGACUCACAGAGUGUCAUCUUCCUCAACCUGGACAGCCACCGCAACGUCAUGAUGCGGCUGAACCUGCAGCUGACCAUGGGCACCUUCUCGCUCUCGCUCUUCGGCCUGAUCGGAGUUGCCUUUGGAAUGAAUUUGGAAUCGUCCCUUGAGGAGGACCACAGGGUGUUCUGGCUGAUCACCGGGAUCAUGUUCAUGGGCAGUGGCCUGAUCUGGAGGCGGCUGCUGUCCUUCCUCGGGCGGCAGCUAGAGGCUCCCGUGCCUCCGAUGGUGGCCUCCUUGCCUAGGAAGACACUGCGGGCAGACGGGCGGCUGGACACGAAGCCCAGCCUCAGGCCGGACGGGCUGGGGUCCAGCAGGAGCGUCCUCACGCCCCGGUGAGCGCGGCUUGCACGGCAGUCGCUGGUGAGACCGAGCCAAGCACAGAGCGACGUUGUCGUCCGAGGGAGGCCCGGCGAGCGACCGACCAGGACGUGACCGCGCUUUCCGGGCUCCGAGGAGACCAGGGGCUUCUUGGUCAGAGGCCAGGACUCUGCAGCCUGCAGAGCUGCCUUCACAGCCGGAGGCAGGCAGGGGCUGACUGAACCGCGGUGCGGCCUGGACCUGACUCCAUGCGCAUCGAGAAAAGGAGUGUCCAGCAGCCGCGGUGCGGAGACGGGCCCGUCCGCGAACAGCCUGCCCAGGCGGCGAGGGCUGGCCGCGCACACCAGCCUCACACUCCGCAGUCCGUGCUGGGGCCGCGGGCAGCGCCUUAGUGUCUUCCACUCGCUCCCUUCAUGGCGGUGAAUAAAAGGGCACGGUCCUCUCACGUCAG